AUGGCUGCAGGACAGAAAUCGCUACUAACGGUGGUUGAAGACUUGACUCGUGUCAGGUCCGAUGUUUUUCAACUCCAGGCCACAUUCAAAAAAAUAAUGGACACCACACCAUCUUGGGAAAGAUACAUUUACCUACUUAACCUAGCCAGCACCAGUGGACAAAACUCAGGGGAGACACUCGUUGCAAUUGAAAGGCUCAAAACGGUGAUUUUUCUACCGCAGACCAAAGUUGCUGUUCGGUUGAAGCAAUUGUAUGAACUGGGGAAAUUGCCCUUGUUGACAGCAUUGUCCAAAAUCAAUUUUAAAGCAAGUGUACAAGAGGAGGCCAAGCAAAAGCUUGACAUCCUUGCAUUUAUCAACACCAUCCCUGAUCAAAAACCAAAAGCAGCUACACACAGGGAAAUCACCAAUGUGUCAGAUUGGAAAGCAAUUGAGUACUACUCAUACCCUCCAACUUUACCCGUGAUUAUUGAUAAGAUGUCGCUCCUUCGCGUUAGUACAGACAAGUCGUAUCGACGACUAGUUGAUUAUGUUGAGCUGACGUCCUCAAAGCAUACAAAUACUCAUAAUGCAAAAUUGGCAAUUCAAGGAAGGGCAAUUUUGAAGUUUUUGUUAUUGGAGACUUUGGAUGAUAAAUUUCCCAAUUUGUUUGAAGAGGAUCUUAAUCUAAUACUUGGUCGAUUGAUGUCACUGAAACUACUAGCAAAGUUUGCGUUUGUGUACGACUUAGUCGAUCCAGUGAAGUAUAAUUUGUCCGAUGAUAACGCUGAAGAAUCCAAACUUGAGAUUUGUUGCGACAUCUUUGCUGCGUACAUCGCUGGGCUUCACGCCGAGAGUUAUGAACUAGAUGAGAUAAAAUCUUGGUUGAAUAGGUUGUAUGAACCCUUGGUGAUGGAUGUGUUUGCCACCACUUCCAAUCCAGUAUCAAAAGUUGCCGUGGUGGAGUUUCAGUCCUUGGUAAAGCUGGUUACGAGUUUGAAUAGACUACCUUAUGAUAAUAUCCAAUAUGAGACUAUUAAAUUAAAAGAAGACCCAUUUGUCGCUCAGAUAGUAGUAGAAGGGGAAGUCCUUGGAACUGGUGUUUCUUCAGCUAGUUUUGAUGAAGCCAGGGAUCGUGCGGCCAUCGACAUAAUGGAGAAUAAAGAAAAUGGCAUUCGUCUCUUCACCAUCGUCAAGCAUAGUUACUUGAAAAAUAGAGACGGCUGCUCGCCCACGAAUGACAGGCAAAAAAGUUUGUCGCAACAAAUGACUGGACCAGAGAUGAACUUGCUGCCUAGUCGUGCUCUAGACAGCUACGGCUGCGAUCAGUCUCAACUGGUGACGCCAACUAUUCACUCUCCACGCAUUGUUCAUCCUUUACCCGGACAAUUUACUAGAGAGAAUGACCAAUACCCAGAAGCUUCACAGCAAAUGACAAGAUAUGGCCAAAGUCCACCUCAACAAGAAACUUAUCCAUACCAGCCGAUAGUGCAAACACCGUAUGUCUCUCGCUUUUCUCCUCCAAACACUUAUUCACAACCACAGGUUCACAGAAAUAACUUUCAAACUCAAUAUGACUACGGAUACAUAGAGCCAGUUCCACAUAUUCCUCUAUCAUAUAAGGAUAUUGACAAGCAGGCGAAAACCACCUUGCACUCAAUGUUGAAAGCCAGACACUCCAAUGAUUAUGAAGUGACUCAGCGGGAUACUGAGUUUAAAACUAUCGAGUUUCAUACACAGUGUCUUGUUGAUGGACAUGUGCUUGGGACUGGGGUGGACACGAGUAAGAAGAACUCGGCACAAAAGGCGGCCAUGGCUGCAUUGAGUAACAAAUCAGCCUUGCGAAACCUUGGUAUAAUUGAUUGA